AUGAAGUGGGAGAACUACUGCGACUUUGUGGCCGGAUGCUUUGGCGGUGCCUGCGGGGUGCUGGUGGCCCACCCACUCGACACCAUCAAAGUUUGGCAACAGGCCUCAAAUUCAUCCGUUGUGACAGCCAUUCAACAGAUCUACAGCAGGAAUAAUGGGGUCAACGGCUUCUACCGGGGCAUGUUCUUCCCGUUCAUAUCGACGGGAGCGAUCAAUUCGCUGCUCUUUGGCAUCUAUGGAAACCACCUGCGGCAGCUGAGGAAAGUGUGCCACAGUGACUACCAGCGGGAGCAGCUGGAGUACCACAACAUGUUCCUGGCGGGCUCUGUGGCUGGAUUCGUGCAAUCCUUCAUCGCCUGUCCCAUGGAGCUGAUCAAGGUUCGCCUGCAGACAGCUACUUAUUACAGUGACUAUCUCUAUGGCCAGAGAAGGACCGCCUUUGGCACGUUCAAAAGGAUACUCAAGACUGAUGGAAUCUCGGGGCUCUAUCGAGGCCUUUUGCCCAUGAUGUGCCGCGACGUCCUUCCUUAUGGAAUCUAUAUGCUGGCCUAUCGCCAGGGCGUUGACUACAUGGACAGGCGGGACUUUGUGCGCCGGCGACGCAGUCAUUCGGACGGAUCCAGUGUGAAUCUGCUGGUGACCACGCUGGCCGGCGCCUGGGCCGGUGUCAUCUCGUGGGUGUGUGUCAUUCCGUUCGACGUGGUCAAGACGCUGAUGCAGGCGGACGAGAACCACAAGUACCGGGGCAUCUUCCACUGCGUGCGGGUGCAGUACAGAGCCUACGGCUGGAGGAGCAUCUUCCGCGGGAGCUGGAUGCUGGUGGCGCGGGCGGUUCCCUUCAACGCCGCCACUUUCCUGGGCUACGAGUAUGCGCUGGAGUGGUGUCAGCGGUGGAACGGCACCUACGUAUGACCCAGCCAGUCUGGCGGAGAUUAGGAGCCUUAGUUUGUAUGCUGUGUACAUUGUUGUCAACUGAGAAUGAGUGUGAUCGAAAAAUGCAAAUCUAUUCUAUAAUUUACUUCAAUGCUGUUUAACAGCACUAACAAAUAGCUUUAAUUGCCUCACUUUGUAAACGUUUUAUCGUAUCAACACGGGCUUAAUAUUUUUGAAAUGCACCUCAAUUUUGUAAGCUUUAAAAUUAAAAUGAUGACAAAUUGCGUCCAUAAACAAAGUUAUAGUUUUGA